ACUUUUUCUUUGAAUUUUCCUAGAUCUCUUCGCUGUAUCCUAUAUUUCUUCACCCCCUCUCUCUCUAAACCCUUUUAAUCUCUCUCUCUUACAACCCUGUUAAUCUCUCUAUCCAAACCCUUUUUAAUCUCUCUCUCUCACUCACACACACAGCCCUUUUAAUCUCUCUCUCAACCCUGUUAAUCUCUCUCUCUCUCUCUCAUUUGAAGAACGGAGGACUGAAUCAGUUCAUCUCACUGCAUACAUCUCAGUACUUAUUUCCUAAUGGAAGGUCGGACUGGGUAUGUUUGGUGAGACUAUAUAAGGUUGUUAGAGAUGCACUCGAGGAUUUUGCCAAUGGAGGAAAGCAAAGAUGGUUUUGUUACGAUUAGGCCAAACCAACCGAAGGUUUUGCCACACAGGAUGCUUCAGUUUCUGGUACUGUUUCUGGUUAUGUGUGUCACUUUUUCGGUUGUUAGUGUAUACCUGAUACGGCAUUUUGGAGCUCAGAACAUAGUUGCAGCCACCGGAUUCAAGACCAAUAUAUUUCAGUGUGUUGAAGGAGCUAACACUAGUUUAGAUCGAUGGAUCAAGCCCCCGUCUAAUUUGCUGCACACUAUGAGUGAUAAAGAACUUUUCUGGUUGGCAUCGCUUGUGCCCCGUAGGAAAGAGUAUCCGUUUACUAGAGUACCAAAGAUUGCAUUCAUGUUCUUGACAAAGGGGCCACUUCCACUGGCACCUCUUUGGGAGAGGUUUUUCAGAGGACAUGAUGAGCGAUAUUCUAUAUAUAUCCAUUCACUUCCGUCGUUUGUACCAAAUUUUCCAUCUUCAUCUGUUUUUUACAAGAGACAGAUACCAAGCGAGGUUGCAGAAUGGGGUACAAUGAGUAUAUGUGAUGCUGAGAGAAGACUUCUUGCAAAUGCAUUACUUGAUGUAUCAAAUGAAUAUUUUGUUCUCCUUUCAGAGUCGUGCAUUCCACUCUACAAUUUCAGUGUCGUCUACGACUACAUCAAAAAUUCUAAAUAUAGCUUCAUUGGUGCUUUUGAUGACCCUGGGCCAUAUGGAAGAGGCCGGUAUAAUUAUAGGAUGGCACCCGAAAUAGAGAUUACCCACUGGCGUAAAGGGUCACAAUGGUUUGAAAUCAACCGCAAGCUAGCAAUCCACAUAGUAGAGGACACGACCUUUUAUCCAAAAUUUAAUGAUUUUUGCAAACCAGCAUGUUAUGUAGACGAACAUUACUUUCCGACAAUGCUGACUAUCCGAGCACCAAAUCUGCUAGCAAAUAGAAGUGUCACUUGGGUGGACUGGUCAAGGGGUGGAGCUCACCCUGCUACCUUUGGCAGAGGAGACAUCAGUGAGGAUUUCUUGAAGAAUAUAUUUGUAGGUGGUGAAUGCUUAUACAACGAUCGUAACUCUUCAGUUUGUUCCCUUUUUGCUAGAAAAUUUGCUCCAAGUUCACUGAAACCCCUCCUAUUAUUAGCACCACAGAUUUUAGGAUUUUGAGAAACAAGUUUAAUUUGAAAAGGUAAUUGUCACUAAAAUAGGGUCAUCAAGAAUGGGCAAAUAUGGUGCCAGAUUCUUUAUAUGUUUGGUACUUUUUAAUGUUAUCUUUCUUUGUAGACAA